AUGUCCUUCACCAUCCCCGACAGAGUUCUCUGGCUCGGCAUAGGCGCAGGCAUCUACGCUCUGGUCCGCGGCGUCAGCUACGGCCUGCACGAUGUCUACAACCUGACCGAAGUUGCGCCCGCCCCCGACUCGCCGCGCGCCGUCGCACAAGGCACCGAGGAUGAUAUCCCGCUGCCGAGCCUGCAAGUCCUCGCGACGCAGCACCCCAACCUCGAGAUCCGCAAAGCCGCCACCUCCAUCGUGACGACGCGCGUCCUCAACGACCCGUCCACCAUCCGCCGCAUCCUCGCCGACUACAAGAAGCCCGACGGCGCGCCGGACCAGCGCGCCGCGCGCAACGCCAUCCAGCUGAUCCGUACGACCAAUGGCAUCGACCUCGAAGAUUGGGAGGAGGAGCACAACGACAACAGCAACAACAAUAACAACAACAACAACAACAACGAAGACGACGCCACGGCGGCCGUCGAAGUGGGCUUCGACGUCGCUGCGGGGCGCGGCGGGCGCUCGCGCUCGACCGCCGACAUGCGCCGCGAGAUGGCGAGCCGCUACUGGGCGGUCGAGCACGUGGACGGCUCCGACUGGGACGAUGCUUCCGACGACAACAGCCAUGCCGCGGACGUCACGUCUGACGAUGGAAACGACGACCAAGACUUGACCAUCACGGUGGGUGGCGGCGGCGGCGGGCGCGUCGCCGCCACCGAGCACAACAACGGUCCCUCCGGGGCGCAGCAGCAGCAGCAGCAGCAGCAGCAGCAGCAGCAGCAACAGCCUUCAAGACGUGGCGGCGAAUUCGACGCCUUCGUCGAGGCAGACGUGUCCGCACUGUUCGAGGACAUCAGCCGCCCGGAGCCGUCUUCGGGCGAUGGCAUCGAAGCUGCUUAUGGGACUGUGGGUGCUGGUGCUGGCGCCGGCGCUGCUUCCGGCAGCAGUGUCCUCCGCGAGGGCGGCGACGCCACGACGGUCUGGGACCGCCACCGUCUGCCGGAGAGCCGGCGCGCUCACGGGCUCAGAGAGCGGCCCCAUAGCGACACCAGCCACGUUGUGGAGGGCGUCCCGAGACCGCACGGCAGGAGACACCUCCGGGCGCGGAGCAGCAGGGAGAACGAGGAAGAAGUGGCGCGGCGGCGCGUCAGGCGCGAGGCUGUUGUCGUCAACGAUGGGGACAGGCCGAUCAGUCAGGAUGAUAUAAUUCAGAGGCCGCUGCAGCGGCGGUCAUAUUAG